CUAAAUAUCAAUAACGUAUUGGCAGCAGGCUGACAGCGAGGGCGAGCUGAACCGGGCCGACAGUUUGGGCUUAGCGGGGAGCAGCGGUACGCUGGCAUCCUCCCUCAUUGAGGUGGAGUCUGAGCGGGCCGAGCAGCACCGCAUGGAGGAAGAGGAGGAGAAUUUUGCUAAGGAGGAAGAUGACGAAGAGGAGUUAGCCGCCCUCUGUGCUCCUCCUACUUUGUCCAUCACAGAGGAGAUUCUGGAGUUCAUCAACCAGACCAGAGCAAGGGAGGGACUGGUAUCGGUGGUCCUGGACCAGGCUUCUGAGAGCCAGCCUUCUACUCAGGAAAGGAACUUCACCUGCCCGUUGCCUCCAGUGGCCUCCAGCCCAGAGCAAACGCUCACAUUGCAAGCCCAGCAGGAGGACGACACAAGUGUCGGAAAGCAGACUGCUGCCUAUGAAAAUGAACUUGAAAAUGAAAGUGCUACCACGGUCCAUGAAGAAGAGCAACAGAGAGUGGAUCUGGAGGAAGAGGCGGAAAGAGAGAUAGAUCUUAGUACAAUGACAGAAGAAGGCCAACAAGAGAACACGGUCUCCACACCAACACCUUCUUCCCCAACGCAGCUUCAUCCUUCCAUCUCAACCGAGGUGGACGGCGAGGCGAGUCGUCACCUCCAGCAUGAGGAGGCCAUCAACUGCUCAGCAAAUCAAGAAGACUAUCAUCAGCCCACCAAAAGUUGGAAGGCAAAAAGAGGCUCUGCUCUUUCUGGACGUGACAAGAGCAUCAUUGAAAAAAUCAGGAGCUACUACGAGGCAGCUGCUGAGCUGGAGGAGGUUGAAUCAAGUGAAGAUGCUGGAGAGGGACAAGGUGAGACGUCUUCCAGGAGGAACAGUUUCUCGCAGAUCCCCAUGGGUCUGGUAAAAAAAUCAGUGUCACAUUUUGAUCUGAGUGGUCACCAAAACAGGGACAAGAACGAGACAACUGAACCAGUCCAAACAGAGACUGUUCAUGAGGUAAAGCCCAGUAUCUCUCUCCAACUUCCAGAAAAAACUGAAGAUCAAGAGGAACAUAUUGAUAAACCCAUAAACCCCCUGCAUUUGGAAGACAAAGACAAAAGUCUCACUGACGAGUUACCGACUCCCAUCCAGGUGGAAGACAGCGAGACUCCAAAUGAAUCCACCAUCAUCAGGCCCGCUGAAGUUGAGAAAGAGAUUGAGGGUGAAAAUGGAACCAUCUGCAAAGAGCAGUCAGGUGAAGAACUAAAUGAAGCAGGAGAGAACAGUAAAGGUGAAGUACCACAGCAAGAAGAUGGAUGCCAGAGCACAGAGAAAAAUGAAAUAAGUCCGAGUGUUUCUUUAGAGCAGGUAAUGAUGAAUGAGUCCGGAUAUAACCAGAAAGAACCAGAAGAACCAAAGGGAAAUCUGAAAAAAUCCACCAGAACUCUUUCAGAAACACCACCAUGUCAGAAAUCUGCAUCCACAUGGACUAGAACCAAGACCAAUAGAAACCUUGAAGAACUUCCCAGUCAAAUUAAACUUGGACGAGGUUCCCGCCAGUCCAGGAUUGUCACAACAAACCGUGCCUUGUUUGAGGGCAUGCUAUCAGACAUCACAGGAAUUGGCUUAUUUGAGGCUAACCCUGUGGCAGACCCUUCUCUGAUAGAGAACUCUGAGCGUAUCCUCAGCAAAGUCCAAACACUGGCCCGCAUGUACAGUGCCAAAGCCAGCACCAUGAAGGUCCCAUUGCAUCAAAAGCGGGCCAUUUUUGUUCGGAACAAAGUCGGUGAUCCGGCUGGGAUAUCUGGUGUUUCAACUCAGACCACAAGCCAAGCUCAUUGGGAUUGUCGAACACAAAUGAACAAAAGAAGCCCAACACCGACUGAUGCCGAGCCAAAAACCAAAACAGACACCAAAUACGACACCCAAAGACCCUCCAAGACCAAAGUCCAUACACACACAUCAGAAGUCCCUGCCAAAGGACAGAACCACGCCAAGGCUAACAGCAAGAAGCAGAACCACAUGGCGACCCUGGAGGACAAAAACAGCUUGGAGGAGAUUACCACACAAGUAGAGCGCAAAAGAAAUGAUGCCCAGGAGACGGCGGUGCCCAGUGACCCUCGUGUGUUAAUCAAAGACCAGCAAAGCCUAACAAGCGGAUUCAGCCUCUCCAGGCCCAGGGACUUCAUUUCAACUCUGAACAAAGACCAAGAUGAUCGCUCGCAUCAUAAAGCUCCUCAGACAUCCAUCACCCCAGACGCAGUGUCACCCAGUUCACUCAGACUAUCUUCAUCCAAUGUCAACCAGCAUACCAGAAACACCCACAGGUCAGAGUCGAGUGAAAGAAUCCAUGUUUACACGGAAGUCCCUCCAUCUGUAAACAGCAUUGUUCAUGACCACUCCAGUCUGUCUGCUCACUUUGCACAUGGGAAUGUUUCCAAAGAUGGAACUGGUCAGCACAAGUAUAAACAAGAUUUGCCAGCUGAGAAAGUUCCAGAAUUCCAAGUCCUGCCAAAGUAUAGUGAGAGUGCAACACAGCCAAGCCAAGAUAUGCACAGUGUUCACACAGGGCCGGAAUGCUUUGUCUGCACUGGACACAGGGAUGGAGAGUCAAGCCCAGCAGACGUUGUGUUGAUGUUAUCAUCAACACAGAGUCUGACGCCAUCACAAUGCCACGCUUUGGUUUCACAAAAAGAGGAGCCCCCCAAAGAAUGUGGAAGAAAUAUGGUGGAAGAAGGAAGUGGAGUUCUACCUGCCUCUGGACCCCCUAGCAAGCAACAUCUCCCAGGGAUUAAUACAACCCAGACAUAUUCGUCACAAACAGGGAAUUCUUCCACGGAAUUUAAAUCCACUGGACCAGAAUUUGUGACACAUCCGAGACAAGGACCAAGUCCAGUGCCAUCACUGGAAUCAAAGCCUUCCCAAACACAACCGGAAGUGCCCUUCUCAGUCUGUUCCUGGAAACCGGACCACCGGUCUGACCAGGACACAGAUGUCAGAAGAUCCUCCCCCGCCUUCAGACCAAGCUUCAAACUCACAUCUCCUUCUCCUCCUGCAACAAACCUCACACCUAGGGCUGUUCCAUUAUCUUCUCCCACUCUCCUGUCUAACAAAGGCUUUGUUUCAACGGAUGCUAUCUCGCAAACUCCUACCUGUUUCUCUGCCCCUCCAUCAUCUGGAAGGAGCUUCUCCAAGCAACCUUCUUCUGCCUCCUCUCUGACACCUUCCACUGCAUUCAGUGGGAAGUCUUCAUCCAUAGAAGCAGGACCUAUAAUUUUUUCCUCCCUACGCUCUCCAACUUGCUCCUCUCCUGUUCCAUCAUCCUCCACAUUCACAAGGUCUUUAGCCGCCUCCUGUAUCAGUCAGUCCAUCAGUCAAAAUUUGGCAAAAAAGAAUAAUUUCAGACAAGCCCAAACCUCAAACACAUUAAAUCCCUCCUCCUCACCAUCUCUUCCAUCUUCUCACCUACGGCGGUGCUCCCCAUCACCUCGGCUCCCUCCAAACCAGGAAGCUUCCACCACACCGGCCUAUUCCCAUUUGGGGUGCACAACCGAUUGGAAUCAACACCCACGGUAUCCUCCAUCUUCUCUCCGCUCCACCUGCUCUUCCCCGUCAUCUCAAGCAUCAACUCUUCAUCAACGCUCUCUUUCUCAACGCUCCUCUUCUCCUUCACAUAUGAGGCAAAGUCAUCAUCCACCUUUGUCAACCACCUGUGCCCCAUUUCAUCCGUCCCCCCAUCACCAAAUGGACUCCUCACAGAAUGUCAACAACAGCAAUAAUGCCAACUUGUCUGCUUUGACCGCAACACGCUUCAACAAUACAAGCACAAACUAUGAUGCUAGCAACGGUCGUUGGGCAGCAUGUCCACAGAGGAUGCAAUUAGCUAAUGGAAGCGCAACUACCACCACCAUGCAACAAACCAAUGAUCGUUUGUCGUUUGGGUCACACAACCGUGUAGCCCGCCCUUUUUCUGCAUCCGAGCCAAACUCAAGAGUCCAAUCUCCAUCCCCAUGUGUGAGCCCUGCUUCUUUUAGCGGACUCUGCUCUCCGCCACCUCAGCUCCAUUACUCCUCCCCCAUGGCCAACAAGCCUCCCCACCCCAGAGGCUCACGGAUGGGUGGGGCAAGUUACCAUAAUCCAUUAGGUCUAACGUUGGAGAUACCUAAGAUCUCCUCGGCAAGUCAGUCUUCCUCACAUUUCAGCCCUCAAAUCCUUUCCCCGCCUCCUAUCGGGGUGUCGGUUUGGACUCGUGAUGUGGCAGUGCCCCAACCCAGAAAUCCACGAGUCACCUCUCCUUCUCGGCCAUUUUCUUGUUCAGGUCAACCAACCUUUGCCAAUACCUCCCCUUCCCCUUCUCCUUCCGCCUCUCUGCACAGCUUUACAAGAGCUGCAUCUCCUUCUGCCCUCUGGGUUCUUGGAUCCCCCAAAAAGCCCCAUACUCUACGAAGGUCUCUUUCCAACCUCUCGGACAGACCCCCUAGCCCAGCUCAGAGUAGACCUGAUGGACUGCGUUACUCGUGGGGUGAGAGCAGUCAAAGGUCUUUUGGCUUUACUGCUAAUUAUCAAGAUUCUUUGGACCAGCAGGAGUCUGGUCCAACCAGUCCAAGGAGCGCAGGGUCCUCCUAUGGCAGUUCACCAUCGGGCCUUAGCCCUCGAGGAGAACUGCAGUCUCCAGUCUCCCCCAGAAGAUUUACCCCCAUUAGGGGCAACUUUAGUGGACAUUUUGCCAGUGAACCUGGACUGGACGGACAAGUGCUUUGUAAGACAUACAACGGAAGUGACGGCCUCUAUGCAAGUGGUUCCUGCAUUCCUUCUCCUCUAACCGUACUUUCCCAGCCCCUCAACUCCUCUCCGGCUGUCAGCCAGACAGAUUGGGGAGAUCCGGAGUUGGAAGAUGGGAACUGUCGGAGCCAACUGAUUUGUGCCUAUGUUGGUGAACCUCCGCAUGAACAAAACCUCUACUCCUCCUCAUGUGUGGUCCUUUCCUCGCCUUCAGCUGCCCUCAAUCGGUCCCAAGUCAAAGCUCAAGUCCCUGUAGGGAGCGUGGAAGCUUCUGUACCGUCACUGGGGUCAUCUCCUACCAAAGCGUCCAACCAGAAGACCAGCUACGCCACAACAGUCAACCUCCAGAUUGCUGGAAGUGGUCGAAUAACAUCCUUCAGCACUGCCCAUGUGAGUGUGAGCCAACCAUUGCAGGGUGGAUCUGGAUCAGGAGAACCGCAGACAGCAAGAAGAGUCAGCAUUAAUGGACUGUCACACGCGUCAUCUCCUCUUCCUCAGAACUGUAGCCAGCGAUGACAAGACUUUCUAGCCAUCAUUGCUUGAUGAAGGCAUCGAAAUUAAAAGACCAAAAUGAGUCCACUUGGUCCAAAGCGAUCUUUCCCAAUGUCCAAGUGCAACAUUAAAACAUUGGAAUGUUUGAGGAAUUGCCAAGAUCCAAAAUCGGUGUCUAUUCUUGUACACAAUGACUCAAGAGGGAAAGAUCCUCUUGGGUGUGGAAAAUAUGUGGACAUCCUUUUGACAGACUCUGUUUGUGUUGAAAAGCACACAACUUUGAAUGUUUUUAGAGUAGAUGUGGACAUUAUAGGUGCGGGUCUACUCCUGGUCUGAGUGAAAAACAUUUCAAAUAGAUCUGUAAAUCCUUAGAGUCGGAUACGUCGGAACGUCAAACAAAUGCGACUUUAUGUAUUGCUUUAAUUAUUUGUUUUAUUUAAUCAAAGCAUAUUUUUGGCUUCUGGGUUAUGGAUGAGUUAACCAAAUUGUAUUCCUGUUAUUUUAUUGUUUAUUUAUGAAAGGCACUUAAUAACUUUUGAGUCAAGUUGAUAAUUUGCACAGUGUUUGGUGCAUGUGUCAGCCGUGACGUUUGUGUUGGAAAUAACGCGUCUGGAACGUUCAGACUAAUCCAUUUGUUUGUAACACCAGUUCAAGUUCCGUGAGCACGUAAAAAACCGACCCCCUUGACACCAGACGUGGUGCGGGGUCGUCUUCCUGGAACUGACAACAACCACAUGGAGGAAGCCAAGCGGUUUAAGCACCAUGAGCUCACUGAGGAAUGUCGAGGCUUUUGCGACCUUCUCUCUUUGUAAGACCUACACCCUGCUUGGCUACAAGACAAGCAAUCAAAUCUACCACGGAAGCUGCAGCGAUAGCUUCCAGGUGGAUGUGGAUUGAAAGAUGCAAGAUGUGCUGCUGGGGCAUCAGUAGGGGUCUGAUCAGCUCUGUCUGGCUGGGUUGGUAUCUGAUGGGUCGAAACACCCAAUGAUCUCAGGAAACAUCACUGACUAUGUGUCCCCGGUGCAUUCUGUAAUGUCUAUACACCAGCAGGAUGGCUACAUGAAAAAUGAUUGAAAUACGAUAUCUUUGCAAGCUUUUGAACUUCAUGUCCCCUCAGCCGUAUUAUUGCAACUGAUUUAUUCUCAUUGACUGAUGCUGUGCGAAAAGGAAAACUGCACUUUUCAGCCACAAUCCUCAUGGAAGAACAUACAUUCUCUUUUCUGUGCGUUGUAAGGAUAUAACAACAAUUACAAAAUCACAGCUAAGAAAUAAUAAUGUAAUGGGGCGCAACUAUUCAGCCUAUGAAACUUUUUGAAAAAGAAAUCCCCAAAUCGGUCAACAACAAUUCAUAUUAACCAAGCUACAGGACAUUGUUAUUGUAGGCGUUGACUGCGAAGAACUAUUUUUAUGGCGUAGUGACACCGCACCAGGACCAGACACUCACAAUGCCUCAGGCCACUACGAGAGGUAACGCUGCUGUGUUUUUGUUUUUGAGUUUGGAAAAAUUUCUUUCUAUGUUCCUAUGUGAAAUCAAUGCGCCAAAGAAGGAAGUUACAGUAGUGCUAAAAAUAAUAAGUAUUACAUGUUAUCAUGAAUGUGCCUGUUACUACGUGAAACCAUAAACAUAUUACAGGUUUUUGGAGGUGUUUAGUAGGCGGAAUAGGUGUGUCCCGUUACGUGUGUUAUUAACUGCCUUUUCACAUCAAGAUUGUGGAUGAUGGCCAAAAUUCCAAAGUACUUGGUGCUAAAAAUCAAAUAGUAUUUCAAGUGUAAAGUGAGGCAGUUGUCGAAAAAGAAAGAAAGAGAGAGAAAGAAAUGAUAUCAAUCAAAAUAGUGGAGAUGUCAUUGAGAGUAGUGCAUGCACAGGCAAGUAGCAACUAGGAUAGAGAUCUACCUGCCUGGCCAGGUAGAUCAAAUCAAAUGGGCAAAAAGUGUCUGUGGCAGUACUUUAUACACUGUCUGGAUGUGAAAUAUGAGCUUUUGAUUGGCUGUUUAAAAAAAGGGACGUUUUUAUGUGAACAAUCUGUACAUCAAAUAAAAGUGUGCCGUGCAAAACCCAAAUAUAUCGACUGGUUGAUCCUAGUCCAAGACUACUUAAAGGGGACCCGUUGUGCUAAUUUUCCGGGCCUUUGUAUUGAGUUGUGGACUCCUACAGAGCAGCUACACACCAUAACCAGCACAGAAAGCUUUCUAGUUUUUCCAGAAUCUGUACCUAUUCUGUAUUUGUUUGGAUUUCUGUUUUCAUGUAUUCCAAUCACGGUCCACCUCCAGGCACGCCCACUCCUCUGCGGGUGGUUACACUCCUUAGAAGGACUUACGGGGUUAUACCCCUGGCUGCGAACCCAACUUUAUACGAGAUGAUAAGCGGCGAUUUAUCUUUUCAAAAUGUCCGCUUUUACAGCCAUAUGUGUUGGAUCCUGAAUCUGAUCCAGAAGUAGAGACUGGACAGUCCAAAAUUAUUUGAAAAGCGGUUACUACACGAUGACUCUGACUGGUAAGUAGCUUUAGCAUUUUCUACAGCAUUGGUAACGUGUAAUUUGACCAUUACACGUUUUUUUGUGGGAUUACCAGUGUUUAAAAAACCUGCCCUUCUGACUUUUCCACACGACCUAGUAAUGUUAGAAAGACUGCAUACUGGCCCAUGUUCACA